AUGAUAUUUAACUAAACAGCAUAUUAUUGGGAUUUCAAUAUGACUGGAAAUAAUUUCAGUGUUGAGAAUUUAGGACCCUCUGAAGCGUUUAUUUACAUUGGUCCAAGAACUACAGUCACAAUUAGCGAUUUGGAGAUGUUUCAUAACUAUAAUCUUAUAGAAAAUCUUUACUUUGACCCUAUAAUGAUAUUUUGUGAUUCAUGUGUUUUGACUAUAGAUCUAUUUAAAUUUGUACUUUAAAGAUAUCCGUAGUCAGCUUUUAUAAUUGCUAAAGAUGCCAGCUCUGUUACCUUAAAACGUAUAGAUUUUGCAACAAGUGGUGAUAUUCCUUGCGGAAAGUUAAUAAAAGUUAUAGGAGACUAAGCUGGCUCUAUCUUAAUUGACGGAAUUGAUUUGGAUACAAAAACUGUCCUUCAUAAAGAUAUUUUAAUUAAAAUCACUAGAAAUUUAGUAUUCAGAAAUUCAUCAGCUUAUGGCACCUGUCUAAGGUUAAUUUAUCAAUUGCCAAUCAGAGAGUACAAAAAUACUAUUAAAUGGUAAAACGUAGAUGAACUUAAAUUGUCUUACGUAACCAUCGCCUUGCUAUAAUCAUCUUAUUAGUUUUUGAAUGCUCAAGGUGGGUAAAAUAUAGUGAUAGAUCACUUGUAACUUAACUGUUAAUUAACUUCAUUUGAGAUAUAGCUAAUGGAUUAUGAAUAUUUUAAGCAGGUAACUGAUAACACAGUCAUUGAAUAAUAUUUUGAUUUAAACUACUAAUCACCAAUAUAAAUUAAUAACGUUAACAAUGUAAAUAUGCAAUGGGGCAAUAUGAGAAAUUGCUACAAUCAAUAAAGAGGAGGAAUCUUUACUUUUAUAAACUCUACUGUUGUUGAUUAUAAUACUACCUUCCAAUAGAAUUUAGCAAUGUCUGGAUCGGCAAUAUAUUGUGAAGAUUGUAAAAUGACUCUAACAAAUACUUAUAUUAAUUAUUAAGUAGCAAUGAGAGGUGCAGCCAUAUAUCUAAAUGGAAGUUCUACUGUAGAAUUCAUUGAUAUGUGGCUAGAACAAUUAUACGCUUAUGAUAAGGGAGGAUUUUUGUAUGUAGAAUAAAGUAAAAAUUUAAUUACAAACAAUGAAGGCUAAAGUAGCGAGAGCUCUAUAGAUAAUUAUUUGGAGACUGAAUCUAAAAUAAGCUUUACGAGAGGUAAUUUCCUAGCUCUAUACGCAUUAAAUGCGGGUGGAGGAUUAUUUAUAGACUCAGAACUAAUGGAGAUCGAUUUUACCAAUAUUUAUCAGUAAACCUCAAAUUCAAAGAAUGGUGGGUUUAUCUAUUUAUAAAAUGCGAAAUCUCUUACAAUUGCUGACUCUAAUUUCAGAAAUUAUUAAGGUUAUAAUGGGGCUUGUAUCUAAAGUGAGUCUGCAGAUACUGUCAUUUCGAUUGAGAGAUCUAACUUUUAAUAAAAUUCUGAUCCAAUUCAUGAAGACCCUCGUGAUUAAAAUCCAACAGUUGACUACUCAAAUGAUUUAUACGGAGCUAUAUAUAUUAAAAAGGCUGAGUCUGUUACAUUUAAAAAUAACAAAUUCUAUAAUCAUUACUAUAAAAAAUAUGGAGCAGUCGCAUUUUUAGAGCAGACUAAGUAUUAUGAUAUUGGAUCUACAUACUUCAAUACUUUAUCUGGAACCGCAGCUAUUUACUUUAAUUAGACCUAUGAUGUAGAGUUGAGUUUUCUUAUUAUCGAAGAAAAUAUGUCUUUAAUUGGUACUACUGGACUGCAUUUUGAAUAAGUAAAUGGUGAUGUUAAGCUUACAAAUGUAACAAUAUUUAAAUCAGCGGGAUAAUAAGCAGCAAUAUAUUAUUAAAACUAUGAAAAUCCUAACUCAUUAGUGCCUAAUUAAUUGCUUUUGACAAAUGUUUCUAUAAUAAAUUCUGAUUCUCAAUAUUAUGGUGGAAUUUAUUUCUAUCAUCCAACAGGAGUUUUUAUUUCAAGAAAUCUUUUUCUGAAUUACGUUACAUCUGGCUUCCUUGGUGUAAUAGUUAUUUAAUCAGCUAGGAUGGUAGAGUUCCAUGAUUCCAUAGUAAGAGAAACAAGAAGUGCUGGGGGUAGCGUUUUUCUUUACGCAAACAAUAUUAAAGAAUCAGCAUAUAUCGGCUAGAUAGUAAUAUUUAAUUGA